GAACUCAUUAAUACAAAAAUUUCCCCCAACUUUCUGCACUUGGAAAAUAAAGUGGAUGGAAGCCGAAAAUCCAAAGUAGGCGCCUGAAGUUGGGAUUCUGUGAUCCACACGUCUCUUCUUGGAAGGAAAUCAAUAGAAAAACAGGCAAAUAACGAGUGAAUCACCCAAAGAAGAUUCCUGUUUUGUCAUUUGCAUUUGCAUUUGCAUGUGUAUCCGCUCUCUUUUUCUUUCUUUUUUUUUUUUAAUUUAAAUUUUAUCUUUUUUCUUCUCGUCCCAUCUUUGCCCCUCCAGUUCUCAUUUCCGAUUCCUAUAUAAUACUGUUAAAUUCUGGACAAGCAUCGCCAGUUGUUUUCCUCGAGUACCCAUUUCUCAGAUUCUCUUGUUUCUCUCUCUCUCUCUCUCUCUCUCGGUCUAUCUCUCUAAGUAACCUGAAUUCAUGGAGGAAGCCAAUGUGGUGGAAACUAAAGAUGGAACCAUUUCUGUAGCAUCUGCAUUUGCUGGUCAUCAGGAAGUUGUGCAGGAUAGAGAUCACAAAUUUCUAACAAAAGCAGUUGACGAAGCAUACAAAGGGGUUGAAUGUGGGCAUGGAGGUCCAUUUGGCGCUGUUGUUGUUCGUAACGAUGAAAUAGUUGUGAGCUGUCACAACAUGGUUUUGUCCAACACUGACCCAACUGCCCAUGCAGAGGUUACAGCUAUAAGAGAGGCUUGCAAGAAACUCAAUCAAAUUGAGCUCUCCGACUGUGAAAUAUAUGCCUCCUGCGAGCCUUGUCCCAUGUGUUUCGGUGCCAUCCAUCUUUCGAGAUUAAAGAGGUUGGUUUAUGGAGCAAAAGCCGAAGCAGCAAUAGCAAUUGGGUUCGAUGAUUUCAUUGCGGAUGCCUUGAGAGGAACCGGUUUUUAUCAGAAGGCGAACUUGGAGAUAAAAAAGGCUGACGGUACUGGUGCUGUAAUUGCUGAACAAGUGUUUGAAAAAACAAAGGAGAAGUUCCAAUUGUAUUGAUUUUCUUCUUCUCUUAUCCCUGUUGAUGAAGAAAAACUCACAUUAUCAGGGUGUGAAAAUUGAAGUUUGGAACUGAUAGAGUCAAAAAUCAAAUAAGUUUCUGUCGAUUAGAUGCUAAGUUCGUAAUGUUACUGGAAACUGAUGUGAAUCAAAAGCUUUUUAUUUUCAAGUUCCAAUUGCUUUGCUGCUGGCA